GCCGCCGAGCUUCCAGUCGCCCGACAGCCGCUCCGGCAACGGCCGACGACGCCAGCGCCAGCGACAUGUAGCGAGAUGCGACGCCGCGCGCUGCUGUUGCCGCUGCUGCUACUGCUGCUGCAGGCUCUCUCUGCCAGCUGCGCCACCGACCACCAACACCAGGACUCAGCUCCAGGCAACGCCAUUGAAGGUGGAGCCGGUGGCCGGGUGCUGUUCAACCAGCUGCUGUCGCUGUUCGGCCUGGGCGGGUCCGACUCUGACGAUGAGGAGACUCUACUGCGUAACUGCUCCUGCCAGUGCGGCGUGGCCAACCACGAGGUGCGCAUCGUAGGGGGGCGGCCGACGGGCGUGAACCGCUACCCGUGGGUGGCGCGCCUCGUCUACAACGGCCGGACCCAAUGCGGCGGCUCGCUUCUCAACGGCGACUACGUGCUCACCGCUGCACACUGCGUCCGAAGACUGAAGCGGUCAAAGAUCCGCAUCUUCCUGGGCGACCACGACCAGACGUCGACGACGGACACGCCGGCCAUAAUGCGCGCGGUCUCCUCGGUGAUUCGACACCGCAACUUCGAGGAAAACACAUGGAACCACGACAUCGCGUUGCUGCGCCUGCGCAAACCAGUCGACUUCAGCAAGCGCAUCCGGCCAGUCUGCCUGCCGCCCAAAGGCGGCGGCGACCCGGCGGGCCGGACGGGGACGGUGGUGGGCUGGGGGCGCACCGUAGAGGGCGGCGCGCUGUCGUCGGUGGUGCAGGAGGCGCAGGUGCCCAUCCUGAGUCUGCAGCAGUGCCGCGCCUCGCGCUACCCGGCCGGCAGGAUCACCGACAACAUGCUCUGUGCCGGCCAGGGCUCCACGGACUCCUGCCAGGGGGACAGUGGAGGUCCGCUGCUAGUGACCAGAACUGACGAUCGUCAUGAAAUAGUUGGCGUGGUAUCGUGGGGCUUGGGCUGUGGACGGCCUGGCUACCCGGGCGUGUACACGAGGGUGUCCCGCUACCUGGACUGGGUGCGCGGCAACAUGAGGGACACCUGCGACUGCAACUACAGGUGACAGCGCCCUGUCAACAAGGGCACCGGCGAGGGUCAUCGGGAAGGAGACAACACACCAUGCACAACGGACUUCGCUGUGAGUUGCAUCGGUGUCUUGGAGUAGAGGACUCGACACCCCCCACCAGUACAAGAACUUUGUCCGCAGCUCGCGGUCUAGUGGCUAGAGUUGCUGCCUCUGGAUCACGGGGUUCCGGGUUCGAUUCCCCGCCGUGUUGGGGAUUUUUCUCUGCCCCGGGACUGCCUGUCUGUGUUGUCCUCAUCAUUUCGUCAUCACCAUCAUCAUCUUUCGUGAAAGUGGCUAGAUUGGAUUGUGUAAAAACUGGACUGUGAAAAUUGGGACUUUGUACGGGCGCUGAGGACCGCGCAGCUGAGCAGCCCCCAAAGCAAAACAUCAUCAGUACAAAAACUUCUAUAACCGUUCAUUGAGAUCACUCACUACGAACUGCUGACACGAUGCUGACAGCUCGAUGCCAAAGGAGCAAGACAGAAUUUUGUCACUGCUGCUGUUACAGUCUCCAGUGUUGUCAUCCAAAAACAGACUUUUGUCCUGUUGGAUUGUUCUCGGACGUUCAGCAUCAGAAAACACGUGAAAUAGGAAAACGAAGGAAGAUUUUUAUUCAUAUCGGAGAAACACUUCCUCGUUGUCAGUUAACUUAAUUUUUUUAUGUUGCUUAAGAGGCCACAAGGAACUUUUACUUUUUUUAUUUUAAAUAGAGAAACAUGUUUCAGUACACUUAAUCAAAACAAGGCUGACCUCCCACUACGUAUCAGGAAAUCCAUUGGUAUAAAAGUGGGUUUCAGCCUUUGACUGUGAUAACGGAAUUCAUCUUCCUUCCACAAGAAAAAAUAAUGCACUCUUAAGAAGAAAGUCUUACAUUCCUCUUACUAAUAAAAAAAUUGAACUUAUAAAGAACUGUCAAAUUUCUGUGACACUUAUUACAAAAAUAUCAAUGCAUUGUGCUUCCAUCCAGCAAGUAUAUGUUUUCAAUGGUGGAAAAGAAGCAUCGACAGUUUUGUAAGUCUCGUUUUAUAAAACCAGAAUAAAAUUUCUGCAUAACCUCUUUUUUCUUUUUUACC